AUGGCCCCUCUUACCCACCGCUCGAUCAAAGAUGGCUGGUUCCGGGAGAUCUCAUCGCAAUGGCCGGGCCAGGCGAUGACCCUCAAGGUCAACCGUAUCCUCCAUGUCGAAAAGUCCUUGUACCAGGACGUGCUCGUGUUCGAGUCCGCGACGUAUGGAAACGUACUCGUUCUCGAUGGUGUCAUCCAGUGCACUGAGCGCGAUGAGUUCUCGUACCAGGAGAUGAUCGCCCACCUUCCCUUGGCCAGCCACCCGAACCCGAAGAAGGUGCUCGUCAUUGGUGGUGGCGACGGCGGCGUCGUCCGUGAGGUGCUCAAGCACGACACCGUCGAGCAGGUCGUCCUCUGCGACAUCGACGAGGCGGUCAUCCGGGUGUCUAAGCAAUUCCUGCCCCACAUGUCGUCGCUGCUCAACGACCCGCGCGUGACCGUGUUCGUCGGAGAUGGCUUCAAGUUCCUCGCGGACAACACCUCAACCUACGAUGUCAUCAUCACCGACUCUUCUGACCCCGUCGGUCCCGCUGCCUCUCUCUUCCAAAAGCCGUACUUUGAGCUGCUCCGCGAUGCGCUCACGCCCGGCGGCCACAUUUCCACCCAGGGCGAGUGUCUCUGGAUCCACCUCGCACUCAUCGAGGACCUGCUCAAGACUACCCGAUCCCUUUUCCCCGUUUCGGAGUAUGCAUUCACCACCAUCCCCACAUACCCCUCUGGUCAGAUCGGCUUCAUGGUCUGCUCCAAGGAGGCUGGCCGUGACCUCUCGAAGCCGCUCCGUACCGUGCCGAACACGCGGUACUACAACUCUGAGGUGCACAAGGCGGCCUUCGUACUCCCCGAGUUCGGCCGCUCUCUGCUCAAGGACGGCAAGGAUCUUCGCCCUGUGUUCGGUGCCAACGCGGCCUCGAAGGCGCCCAGCAAGAAGGUCCUCCUUCUCGGCAGCGGCGCUGUCGCGCGCCCGUGCGCGGAGUACGUUGUCCGCAACCCCGAGAACUCGUUGACGAUCGCUUGCCGCACGUUGGCGAGCGCGCAGGCCCUUGCUGGAGAGCUCCCCAACACCACCGCCGCGUCGCUCGACGCCGGCUCUGAGGACCCUGCGAAGCAGGCUGCCCUCGAGAAGGCGAUCGGGGAGCACGACCUCGUGAUCUCGCUCGUCCCCUACACCUUCCACGUCAACGUCAUCAAGGCGGCGAUCAGGACUAAGACGAACGUGGUUACGACGAGCUACAUCAGCCCCGGCAUCCGCGAGCUCGAGGACGAGAUCAAGAAGGCAGGUAUCGUUGUCAUGAACGAGAUCGGCCUCGACCCUGGUGUCGACCACUUGUACGCGAUCAAGACCAUCGACGAGGUCCAUGCCAAGGGUGGCAAGGUCAAGGAGUUCCACUCGUUCUGCGGCGGUCUCCCCGCGCCCGAAUGCUCCGACAACCCCCUCGGCUACAAGUUCUCGUGGUCUCCUCGCGGUGGCCUCCUCGCGUUGCUCAACGACGCGGCGUACCUCGCGGAUGGCAAGACGGUCGAGGUUCCGGGCAAGAACCUCAUGAGCGUCGCGAAGUCGUACUUCAUUACGCCUGCGUUCGGUUUCGUUUCAUACCCGAACCGUAACUCUGUACCGUUCCGCGAGUACUACAACAUCCCCGAGGCGGAGAACGUGAUCCGCGGCACCCUGCGCUACCAGGGCUUCCCCGAGUUCGUCAAGGCGCUCGUCGCGCUUGGCUGGUUGAACAUUGAGAAGAAGGCGUGGCUGAAGGAGGGCCUGACCUGGGCGCAGGUCAUGCAACAGGCCAUCGGCGCGUCGGACGCGAGCGAGAGCACUCUGGUCGCGCGCGUCAAGGAGCUCUGCCAGUUCCCGAACGAGGCCGAGAGCCGUCGCAUCAUCUCCGGCCUGAAGUGGAUCGGGCUGUUCACCAGCGAGCCCGCGACUGUACGGGACGGGACCCUGCUCGACACGCUGUGCGCGCGCCUCGAGGUCCUGAUGAAGUACGAGGACGGCGAGCGCGACUUGGUCAUGCUCCAGCACAAGUUCAUCGUCGAGUGGGCGGACGGCACCACGGAUACCAUCACGUCGACGCUCGAGGCGUACGGCGAGCCGCAGGGGCACUCCGCGAUGGCGCUCUACGUCGGUGUACCGUGCGGUAUCGCGGUGCAGCUCGUGCUCGACGGCGUGUUCAAGACCCCCGGUAUCAUCGCCCCGUACUCGAAGGAGAUCUGCGACCCGAUCCGCGAGGUUCUCGAGCAGCAGGGCAUGGGGCUUACCGAGAAGGUGCUCUGA